CAGGGGCAACAGGAGUGGCAGCGGCGGCGGAUACGGAAGCGGGGAUCUCGAGUCAGUCCCAGCUUCCGCUCAUUCUUCCGAGAAUAAAAUGUUUAUUUCCAUAUGGCAGUACCUUUAUGGACGUUUUUUUCGAUUUUGGAUGAAAUGGAUCUUGCGAAUUAUCACCAGAAAAUGUGAGCUGCAGCGAAUCUGUGAGGGAUUUGUAGGUGGGGAAAGAGCAUCCAAGAUAGAAAAUGCUUUGACCCUCUCAAAGAAUCAGGUUUUACAAAAUGCCACAUCUGUCAAUCACAAUAAAGUAGAAGAAUGUGUAGAUGAUAUAAUGAAGGAAAAGAAUAUUAACCCCAAAAAAGACAGAAGGUUUAAAAUGCGCAUGAAAACAUGCUUAUUGCAGAUAACUGGCUAUAAACAACUCUAUUUGGAUGUAGAAAAUGUGAGGAAAAGUCCUUAUGAUUCUAAUAACCAGCACCAUGAGGAACUACUAAUGAAGCUUUGGAGUCUGCUGAUGCCUAAUGAAAAACUGAAGGCUAGAAUCACCAAGCAGUGGUGUGACAUUGGUUUCCAAGGUGAUGACCCCAAAACAGACUUCAGAGGCAUGGGCUUGCUGGGAUUAGUCAACCUUGUGUAUUUCAGUGAAAAUUAUACCAAUGAAGCUCAUCAAGUUCUAAGUCAUUCAAAUCAUCCAACUUUGGGAUAUUUCUAUGCAAUUGUUGGGAUCAAUCUAACAGAAAUGGCUUAUAGUUUAUUGAAGAGUAAUGCUUUGAAAUUUCAUUUCUAUAAUUCUGUUCCUGGUAGUCCAACAAUGGAACACUUUCAUCAAUUUUAUUGUUAUCUCUUCUAUGAGUUUGACAGAUUUUGGUUUGAAGAAAAGCCAGAAAGCAUUAUGUAUUUCAACCAAUAUAGAGAAAAGUUUCUUGAAAAAAUUAAGGGACUUCUGUUGGAUUACAGAGUUCUACUUACCUUAAAGUUAUGAACAGUCCUACAUAUCUUCUGAUUCCUACCACAUUUUGCACACAAAAUUGAAUUUCUAUGUUGUAAUGGAAUUUCUCUGACCAAUUUCACUUGAAACUUUAAUGAUGUAAUUUUUUAUACAUAAUUUCUUACAAAAAUUUCAGAAAUCCUCUUUAAGUAAGCUAGUGGACAAUCAGUGUGUGUUUACAAUUAUCUAUACACUGCACUCCAAAGGUAAGUUGCCCUUCCAAAGAUCUCCUCUGUAAGAUCAUGUGAUCUAUAGCUGGAGACUUGGGACUUAGCCCUUUUGGCCAAGAAGCAUAAAUCAGGUAUUUGUACUACAGCAGGUUGAUUACCUUGUAAAAAUCACUACUUUUCCCCUUAUGCUGAAGAGUUAUCAGGUAGGUAGUAACAUGAAAGUCUUUUUAGGAUAUUUUUUUAGAAGUUUAUAUUCCUACUUCUAUCCUCAUUUUAUUUUUGUUGGUGAUAAGUCAUCCAAGGUAGUGGGAUGGGUUGUUUGUUGCUAUUAGUUUUCCAUUAUAUUUCAGAAGGUGUCGUUUUUGGAAGCAAAAAGGACACAUAGUUAUCUGAGGAUUAAAAAUCAUUUCUAACCUGGCUUCCUGAUAGCCGAGUUCAUAAAAUAUCCUUCAGAAUAAAAGCAAUUGGUAUUUGUAAGAUUUUUCCCUCUACACACACUUGAGAGUGUGAUUUGUUACUUUGUUUGUAUCGCAAAAGGAUUUUCUGAUCUUCGGAAUCUGAUUAAUCCAUAAGUCAUGAAUUACGUAGUCUUUGUAGGUUUUUUUUUUUCAUAGCCCCUCUUUUUUGUAUAUGUGCAGUAACUUAUUGUCAAGAAAACUUACUCAUUUUAUGUGAAAAUAACCCUAAACUAUACUUGAGACUUAAAUGAGGGAUAACAGUUUCAUAUUUUUGGAGACUUUAAAGGCCCAAUUCAUGUAGAUUAAUGUGAAAAUCGUGCUCUGUGGCUUAGUUUCAUUUUUAGACUCUUUUUGGCAAAAUAUGGGAGACGCAGCCAUUAAGAAUAAUCUCGUAAAUAAGAACUCUGCAUGGUAGUUUACCACAGUGAGGAUUGCAGAGCUUGUUCAGGUGGUUUGGCCUUGCUGCUGCUUCUAUUUUUUUUUUUAAAGUUUAAUUGGAACAGUGCCAGUUGUGCAGUGUGGAGUUUGUGCAAGCUUUCUUGGUUUUUUGGUUCUGUAGUAGAGAGUUUGGUGCUUGUGCGUCCUUUCUUUGUUGUUCUGAGCUUGGAUUGUUCGUGUCAGUCUUCAGAGCUUCCAGGUGCAUUCUGGGUAGGCUUCAGGCUACUGCAACUGUCCUGGGUUCUUUCUUCUCUUGGUAAAAGUGGACUUCUUGGAGUACAUGAAGGAAACACCUGUUUGGAGUUUCUCUAAUCUUGUUUCAGAAUCUUUGAUGGUUGAACCAAAGUUUGCAUGUAACACACCAUGAUAUCUAAUUUCUUAACAACCUCAGUUCUAAAUCCUUUCAUGUCUUCCAAGAUGUCAUUCUCAAAUGAAUAUUUUCAUAUCUCCUUCUCGUUGAGGAAAUUAGAGAUUGACCUUCAAACGGCUCAUCCUCUUUUCUAACAGCCAGUGACAAGUGCUUUUCCUUCCUGAAGACUCACCAGUGACGUUACAGGCUUCCGUAUUCUGGUUGUCAAGACUGAGAAGAGGGAGCUGUUGUUGCAAAGGAGAGAAUGGCAUGAGGGGAAGGAGCUUAUUGAGAUGAUGUGUGAGGGGACAUCCUGGAUAGAGUCUGUGAGUUUACUCUUUUUAAUCAAAUGUAUCUGAUGCUGACUCGAGGGACUCCUCUAUACCUUGAUCCCAAAGUGGCUUUCACAGUUUCAGAAGUUAUUCUCCAUAAUUUGAAUACAUUCCAUUAUUCAUUGGUAAAUGUUGCUUAUACUUUGUUCUUGGGCUUCUCUUAACAUAGAGACUCUGGAACCCCUCCAGGUGUAGGCCUUCCCUGAGGAUGAUUUUUUAUAGUUGAGUUGGUUUCUCAGUGUGAUAUAGUGCUGUGAGUGCUAAUUUGGAAAUGCUGAUGAUGUAAUUUGUGUAGUGUCGGGGUGUCUCAUAGCCUUAGCAUAUGGGAACCAUUGAGGUCCAGCUAUCUCUUCUAAGUGCUGCUGGGUAUCUCUGAAUUUUGGUAUCUCAUCAAUCACUCCAGGAAUUAAGAUCAAUGUAGGAUCAAAUUUUUUAAGGAAGGAGCUGAUUGCAACUGGAAUAGUAAUUUGGGCUUCUUUUGCAGUCAUAUAUCUCUGCCAUUAAUGAACCUGAAAGAUUAACCACUUGUAUUGGCAGGAUUGAAAUCAUUGCUAAAUGACACCAAGUAUGAGUUGAUGUAGUCACAAUAUAUGUGGAUGUGUCAAGUUGUGUAUAAUUAACAUUCUUGAUGUUAAAUCCAUCUGCAGCUCUAAUUUCAUUAUAAUGAUUGUCUGCAGGUCUAAUAUGUGAAUUGUCUCUAGAAUCUCUAAACGAUGUUACUAAUAUAUGCACGACAGCAUGAUUGAGACCUAGGCAGUGUGCAGCAGCAACUGGAACAAGGCUUGUUGGAAUAUUAUCAGUGUCAUAAUCCUUAGAUCUCCAGGGAAUGGGAUCAUCAUCGGGUAUGUGCAGAUAAUCAAAGACCUCGAAAUGUUUUCUGAGUGCUGGAAACAUGAUCGAUAUACAAAUGGUCAUCAUAGAGUGGCGUCAUCCGAUGUCAUUGUUGUAUAAUAGGAGAAGGGCAGGUAUAUGACCUUUGGUCGAGAGUAGAGCUCUAUUUGUCAGCCAUGAGUAGGGAGACUUUUAUCCAAUUCCAUGCUUGAUGAGCCUCCAGACAUGACUGGUUUCAGAAGAUUAAGUCAUGUUAAAUAACCAGUUAGAUCCUCAUUCUUGUUGCUUGUCCAUUUCAUGAAAGAGCAGCUGCCAUGCCAAGGUCUUCAUGGAGGAGAUAAUUUAAAUGUCAUUUACUUUAGAGGGAAAUUUUUCUUAGUCCUCUCUAAAUAGUUCACUCUUUAAUGAUCACAGUAACUAAGGCUAGAAGACUUGGAAAAUAGGAAGUUUAUCUGCUUAUUUAAUACUCCUUUAUAAUACUAUGAAAGCCAGCUUAUUUUGAGCUUGGUUUAUUUUGAAGUACAGUAUUAGCACUUUUUUUUUUUUUUUGCCAUAGGGUACAUGAAAAUUGUUUAUUCUUUUCUUUCUCUGACAUAUCAAGGAAUGAAGCUUUCAAAUAUUCUUUCAUAUCUGUUUACAAAUCUCUCUUUAUGCUUGCUUUAGAGAGAGUUAAUAGGAAGUAACUGGACUGGAAAGUAACAGAUGCAACAUAAAUAUCACACAUUUCACUGUGCAUUCAACAAAGUAACUAUUUUCUUACUUAGAUAUAUAUAAUUAUUUUUUUAAUUUGAUAAAAUUCUAUUCUGAUAGAUGCAAAAAUCACACUGUUAAGAAUACUUAGAGUUGAUUUUCUCUAAGGAAAUAAAAUCACUUGUUGGAAAGGAAUUUCACCAUUUUCAAAGAAUAGCAGUGAUGAUAAAAACUGCUAAGCUAGAAAUCCAAAAUACAAACACAACAGGGUUCUAACAAGGAGCAUAGACAAAAAGAAUAAUUUCAGUAUAACUCAGAAGAGAUGUUGAAUAUGUACUUUGUGGGAAAACAAGCGUCAUUUUUUUUCAGUUCUCAUGUUGAAAUUUGCAUAUUUCCAUUUUAAUCUUUAAACUGGCUUUGUGCUCUGCCAGUAUACUUACUGAAAAGAAAAGGUUAUUGAAGUAUGGAAGGGUACAUUUUGUGUAAACAGAAAUUUUCUCUUUAUAACUGAUUUCUUCAGUUUACCUCCGGGCUGUAUUACAACACAGUAAGGAUUUUUCUUUCCAUCAUAAAAUAAUUAAGUUGCCAUUUAAUUGAGUAUAAUUGGUCUAAAUCAAGAAUUCACUAGAUCAGGAGUCUCUCCAAGUAAGGCUUCAAACUAUAAAUUAAAAAGCAAACUGAAUAUUCUAAAUGUACAUGUGUGAUGGUGGCAUCAUAUAAAAACUGAGUCUACUAUAUGGAGUUUUCUGAUUUAUAAUGAAACCUUUCUUUCUGCCUUCUCUUGAUUUUCAGUAUAUGUAAAGUAGAAUUUAAUGCUGUUUUUGUACCAAUGUUUGUCUAUAAGAAUGAUUAAUGCCAAAGUAGUCUAGAUAUAUGAUUGUAGUAGCAGGGCAGUUAAUUACGUGUACUGGUUUAGAGCGUCAAAAAAAAAAUGAAUUGUUGCUUUAAAAAAAUUUGUGUCAGGUUGAAGGGCAUUUGCCAGUGGCAAGAAUAUUCUGCAAAUGUAGUUUUUGGGAUUGUAGAGUGUAUAUGUUCUGAAAGACAAUCUUCGAACAAAUAGGCAAAAUUUGGGCAUUGUUUCCUGACUUUUUUUUUCUGGAGUUACAUUGUUAAUCUCAGUCCUGGCCUCUUUGCUUAUCACUAUGUGAUCUUACUUGAUAAAAAACAUAUUCACUGCUAUCAUUUUUAAGAUGAUUUGGAAAAUUGAAUAAUUUCUUGAAAAUAUCCCUUGUUCUGAUUAUCUUCACCUUAAAAUACUUUGAAUUUUAACUUAUUUCUCAUUAAAAUAUAUGAACUCUUUAAAAAUAUUUUAUUCCAACUGUUCAGAAGAGUUGUUGCUAUUAUUUUCACCUUCCAAAAAAGCUCCAAGCAACACUAAAUAGACAUAACUAUGAGAUAUAUUUGAAAGAAAGUGCAUUUGCAUGAAUAUUAAUGUUAUGGUAGUAGGGUAAAACUCUCAGAAUGUGGUAUAGGAAAUUUUUUUGUUAAGUAGUUAGAGUUAGAGAAUUGAAGAAUAGAAUAUUACCUUUGAGGAAUACUGAAUGGGCACUAAUUAAAUAUUGUUACAGUUCUAAUUCAAGUGUUGUGAUUCUAGAGUUAUGUUUGUGUCAUUCUAAUUUUUCACUCCUCUCCAAGUAAAUUUAUGGAGGUUAAAGUUUCAUUAACUCAACACACCUCUUCACACAAAAUUUUUAGUAGGAAGAUUCAUUAAAGGCAUUCUUAAAAUGAGACAAGUUACAACUUGAACUUCUAUGGAGAAAAAAGAAAAAAAAGAAUCCCAAGUUGGGAUCCUUAAUUGUGGAGCUCCAGUGUUGCUACGUAAUGCUGAGAUGAAUCUGUUUUUUUUCCUUCCAAGCAGUGAACUCCCCAAAAUAAUGAAGUCCCUCUUUCCCUACAAAGAAUCCAUACUGUAACCUCUAGGGAAUUGUGUGGGAGUUUUGGAUGGAAGAUGGGACGGCUGCCCACCUUAACACAAUGUAAGAGCAGUGCUGUAAGUUGUGCCGUGUUGUUUUUGUUUGGAAUGUGUCAGUAGAGCAAAUAAAAGCCACACUGUUCAAGA